AUGGGAAGACAUUACCUGUUGAUAACACAGACUAUUUUCAUGAUCAUGGGAGGUGUGAGAGAACUGCUGCUCUUUGUGGUGACUGUGGGGGUUGUGAAAGUUUCUUGUUACCCUGUUGGAAAGUCCCAGAAGCAAGAGCAAGUCUCUCUGCAGAGGAGACUUGGAGAGCUGUCAUCAAAUGACGUCUCCAUUGUGCAUGCCCUGGCCUUGCUCCGAUCCAUAGGGUCUGACGCUAAACAAGACAGAGAAGAGUAUUUCGAGACUAAUGAAGUAGAAUCCCAAGCUUCUCCAAACCACGGUAGCUCUACGGCAAAUGAUGCCCUGUCCUCUGACGACGCUACCUCAAAAGCUGCCACUGGCCCGUCUGACGACGCUACCUCUGAAGCUGCCACUGGCCCGUCUGACGACGCUACCUCUGAAGCUGCCACUGGCCCGUCUGACGACGCUACCUCUGAAGCUGCCACUGGCCCGUCUGACGACGCUACCUCUGAAGCUACCACUGGCCCGUCUGACGACGCUACCUCUGAAGCUGCCACUGGCCCGUCUGACGACGCUACCUCUGAAGCUGCCACUGGCCCGUCUGACGACGCUACCUCUGAAGCUGCCACUGGCCCGUCUGACGACGCUACCUCUGAAGCUGCCACUGGCCCGUCUGACGACGCUACCUCUGAAGCUGCCACUGGCCCGUCUGACGACGCUACCUCUGAAGCUGCCACUGGCCCGUCUGACGACGCUACCUCUGAAGCUGCCACUGGCCCGUCUGACGACGCUACCUCUGAAGCUGCCACUGGCCCGUCGGACGACGCUACCUCUGAAGCUGCCACUGGCCCGUCGGACGACGCUACCUCUGAAGCUGCCACUGGCCCGUCGGACGACGCUACCUCUGAAGCUGCCACUGGCCCGUCGGACGAGGCUACCUCUGAAGCUGCCACUGGCCCGUCGGACGAGGCUACCUCUGAAGCUGCCACUGGCCCGUCGGACGAGGCUACCUCUGAAGCUGCCACUGGCCCGUCGGACGACGCUACCUCUGAAGCUGCCACUGGCCCGUCGGACGACGCUACCUCUGAAGCUGCCACUGGCCCGUCGGACGACGCUACCUCUGAAGCUGCCACUGGCCCGUCGGACGACGCUACCUCUGAAGCUGCCACUGGCCCGUCGGACGACGCUACCUCUGAAGCUGCCACUGGCCCGUCGGACGACGCUGCCACUGAAGCUGCCACUGGCCCGUCGGACGACGCUACCUCUGAAGCUGCCACUGGCCCGUCGGACGACGCUACCUCUGAAGCUGCCACUGGCCCGUCGGACGACGCUACCUCUGAAGCUGCCACUGGCCCGUCGGACGACGCUACCUCUGAAGCUGCCACUGGCCCGUCGGACGACGCUACCUCUGAAGCUGCCACUGGCCCGUCGGACGACGCUACCUCUGAAGCUGCCACUGGCCCGUCGGACGACGCUACCUCUGAAGCUGCCACUGGCCCGUCUGACGACGCUACCUCUGAAGCUGCCACCGGCCCGUCUGACCAUGCCAUUGAGGAACUGUUGACUUCUGCAUCUCAGCCCCCGUUGACCACAAACAUGGAUAUCUGAUGUGGGACAUGGUGCUCGGGGUCCAUGCAAGAGUUCAUGGGUUUUUUGUCCAGGUUGUGUGUGUAACUGCAAUUUCUUGUUUUGGCUCAAUUAAACGCUAACUGUAAUAA